AUGGAGUUUGUUGAAAAAUUAGGUAUUAAGGUCCCAAAUGCUGUCAUAGUGCAUGGGGUAACAGGAUCAGAAAAGGAUGAAGAGAUUUUUGACUUCUUAAAGCAGUAUGGCUCUAUUAGUAGGGCCCUCACCAUUGAUGAUCAAGUGCUCAAGUCAGAAAUCUUUACUUUCAUUGGGAAAGAGUUAAAGAAGAUCCAAAGGGUUCUGAGCUCAGAUUGUUCAGAAGACUUGGAAAAUCAGUUAGAGGAUGGGGAUUUGUUGGAGGAUGAGGAUAAGGAUGAGAGGCGGAGCACCAGAGAUGCAGUUGUGAAGAUCACAAUGUACUUUCUGAUGAGAAUGAAGCAGGAGCGGUUGGCUGACUGUCUACAGAAUAAAUUUUUGGCUGCGGUUUGUCAGCGUAAACUUAAAUCUAAGCUGAAAAAGAAAUUCCAGUGUGUAUUUGAAGGGAUUGCUAAAGCAGGAAACUCAACCUUUCUGAAUCAGAUCUACACAGAGCUCUACAUUACGGAGGGAGGGACUGCAGAGGUCAAUGAUGAACAUGAGGUCAGACAGAUUGAUUUGGCCUCCAGGAAACAAGACAGACCUGAAACAACAAUCAGACAAGAAGAUUUUUUUAAAGCCUCAACUGGAAGAGAUGAACCAAUCAGAACAUUUCUUACAAAGGGAGUUGCUGGCAUUGGUAAAACAGUAUUAACACAGAAGUUCACUCUUGAUUGGGCAGAAGAGAAAGCCAACCAGGACAUCCAGUUCAUAUUUCCAAUCACUUUUAGGGAGAUAAAUGUGCUGAAAGAGGAACAAUUUAGCUUGGUGGAACUUGUUCAUCACUUAUUUGCCGAAACCAAAGAAGCAGGAAUCUACAGCUUUGAAGAUUUCAAGAUUGUAUUUAUCUUUGAUGGUCUGGAUGAGUGUCGACUUCCUCUGGAUUUCCACAACACUGAAAUCCUAACUGACCCAAGAAAGGCUGCCUCAAUGGAUGUGCUGCUGGCAAACCUCUUUAGGGGGAACCUCCUACCUAAUGCUCACCUCUGGAUAACCACACGACCUGCUGCAACCAGUCAGAUCCCUCCUAGGUGUGUUGACAUAAUAACAGAGGUCAGAGGGUUCACUGACACACAGAAGGAGGAGUAUUUCAGGAAGAGAUUCAGAGAUGAGGAACAAGCUAGCAGGAUCAUCUCUCACAUCAAGACAUCACGGAGCCUUCACAUCAUGUGCCAUAUCCCAGUCUUCUGCUGGAUCACUGCUACAGUUCUGGAGGAUGCACUAAAACCCAGAGAGGGAGGAGAGCUGCCGAAGACCCUGACUGAUAUGUACAUCUAUUUCUUGGUGGUUCAGGCCAAAAUGAAGAAGGUCAAGUAUGAUGAAGGGGAUGAAACAGAUCCACACUGGAAUCCAAAGACUAGGGCAAUCAUUGAGGCUCUGGGAAAACUGGCAUAUGAACAGCUGCAGAAAGGCAACUUGAUUUUCUAUGAAUCCGACCUGAGAGAAUGUGGCAUUGACAUCAGAACAGCUUCAGUUUACUCAGGAGUGUUCACACAGAUCUUUAAAGAAGAGAGAGGACUGUACCAAGACAAGGUUUUCUGCUUCAUCCAUCUGAGCAUUCAGGAGUUUCUGGCUGCUCUUCAUGUCCAUCUGACUUUCUUCAACACUGGAGUCAAUCUGCUGCAAGAUGAAGUAACAACCUCCAAUACGUCUGAAAUAAGAGAAUGUACAGAGACACACUUUUACCAAAAUGCUGUGAACAUGGCCUUACAGAGUCCAAACGGACACCUGGACCUGUUUCUCCGCUUCCUCCUGGGUCUUUCCCUGCAGACCAAUCAGACUCUCCUACAAGACCUCCCAACAGAAACAGGAUGUCGUUUACAGACCAAUCAGGAGGUAGUCCAGUAUAUCAAGGAGAAGCUCUGUGAGAAUCUGUCUGCUGAAAGAAUCAUCAAUAUGUUCCACUGUCUGAAUGAACUGAAUGAUCAUUCUCUAGUGGAGGACAUCCAACAGUCCCUGAGUUCAGGAAGUCUUUCCACAGAUAAAUUGUCUCCUGCUCAGUGGAUGAAUGGCUGUAACUUGACAGAGAGAAGCUGUGAAGCUCUGUCCUCAGUUCUCGCCUCCCAGUCCUCCAGUCUAAGAGACCUGGACCUGGGUGACACCACCCUGCAGGAUUCAGGAAUGAAGCUUCUGUUUGAGGGACUGAAAAGUCCAAACUGUUUACUGGAAACUCUUAGCAACCUGUCCCUGAAUGUGGAGAAGACUAAAGAGAUCAUCAUAGACUUCAGGAGAACUCUCACCGUGCAAACCCCACUAACCAUCAAUGGUGCUGCUAUGGAGAGGGUAAGCAGCACCAAGUUCCUGGGUGUGCACAUCUCAGAAGAUCUCUGCUGGUUAAAAAACACCAUCACUGGUCAGUAA